GAAACGAAUCUGAGAGUAAUUGAGCACGUUUUUCGUCGUGCGUAAUAUUGGCUAUUUAAUGUUUAUGUUUUUGGAGUUGCAAAUUAUAUGAUAAUGACUUUAGAUCCCGAGAAAAAGGAAAAAACUGUGUAUCGGCUGGUUUUAACUGGCGGUCCAUGUAGUGGCAAGACUACUGGACAAGCAAGAUUAUGUACUUUCUUUGAAAAUCUUGGUUGGAAAGUCUAUCGAGUGCCAGAGGCUGCUACAGUAUUACUGAAUGGGGGUGUACGUUUCCCAGAUUUGACUCCAAGUGAUGUUAGAACUCAAUGCAGUUCUAAAAUGCAACUUUUGCCAGCGGAAAAAUUUCAAGAGAAUCUGUUGAAAACAAUGAUGGCCAUGGAAGAAACGUAUUUCUCUCUUGCUGCAACAUGCAAUCGAAAUUGUUUAGUUAUAUGUGACCGGGGGACUAUGGAUGCUGCAGCAUUUAUUCCUAAAGAUGUAUGGGACAAAAUGUUAUCUGCAAAUGGUUGGAAUCCAGUGCAGUUAAGGGAUAAUCGUUAUAAUCAAGUUGUGCAUCUGAUAACAGCUGCAAAUGGAGCCGAAGAAUUUUACAAUAUAGAAGAUAAUAGUUGCCGUACUGAAGGCAUAGAAUUAGCAAGGACUAGGGAUCUGAGAGCAGCUGAAGCAUGGAUUGGACACCCAUAUAUUGAUGUAAUUGAUAAUUCUACAGACUUUGACACUAAACUCAGGAGAUUAAUUGCGAGUGUGUGUAGAAGAAUUGGAAUCGAUACUGGUGACAGAUUGGCAACAAAUAGCCAUAAACUGAAAUUUUUGGUUGGAAAUUUGGCUCAGGAUUCGGAAUUUCCCCCAUUUCAAGAUUUUGAAGUUGUCCAUGACUAUCUUGUUACCUCACAUCCACGAAUUCAGUCAAGAUUACGAAAACGUGGUCAAAAUGGUAAUUGGAGUUACAUGCAUACUCAGAGGCGUUGUGAUGUCAACACUCAAGUUAUUGAAGUCAAGAGGCAAAUUACACAUCGAGAUUAUGUGAACAUGCUUGCGCAGAGAGAUGACAAGCAUUAUACAGUAUAUAAGUUAAGAAGAUGUUUUAUGUUAAACAACAUGUAUAUGCAGAUGGAUAUUUAUAAAUCCCCAUGUCAUCCCAGGUGUGAUGGUUUAAUUUUAUUGGAAACAUAUACAACACUGAAAGGUAAUGAAUUGAUUGGUCGUCUUUCCCCAUUUUUGAAUGUCGUUAAGGAAGUGACUGGUGACCCUUCCUAUUCGAUGUUCAAUCUUUCUUUAAAGAGUGAAUGGACCCCAAGCAAACUCAAAAGCAUCAAUAACUGUGCUGAUGGAGCCUACAAAACAAUUAUUGGAAAUUAAAGAUAGUCUCUUUUACUUUUUUUUUUUUUUUAAAUGAAAGUUAUUAGUUUAAACCAGACUUAUGACAUUUUAUUUUUCGAUAUACCAUAUUUAAUACAAGUUGUAGGGGUUUUUGUUCCCUUUAUAGCUCAGUUAAUAAUUUGACAUUUGAAAAUAAUGUUUUGCUUAAAAAUGUUAAAGUAGAAAAUGUUUGCAUUAUAUAGUUGAUCUGAGAAAUUAAUUAGUUAUAAACGAUCUGUGUAAAGUGCAUUUAGUUUAUGUGCAGAAUUAUAUCUGUAUAUGUUCUGAUUUUUUAUUAGAGUAAUAGUGUACAGAUGUACUUUGCACUUAACUUGGGUAAAUGGUUACUGAAUCAUCUGAAGCUUUUUAAUUUUUUUUUUUUUUUUCCUGUUGUUAUUUUGUAGUGAAAGAAACAAUGUGCAAAAUUUUUUAUACAGUUAUGUCUCCUGCUCUGUCAAGAGGCAAGCAGUAGUUGUAAAUAAUUUAGUUUUCCAUGCAGCAAAGAUUGUGAUAAAAUUUAUUGUGUUUUGAUCAUACUUUAAAAAAAAAAUCUCUUAAUUGUAACUGAAACAUUAGUAAAAAGUGUCCCACACUUUCUAGAUGCCUUAAUUUAUAAAGAUUUUAUUUAAUUUUAUUUUAAAAAGUUCAGUGAAAGAUUUCGGUGAUAUCUCCAGUUGAGACUUUUUGUCUUGUUCUGAUUUGAUACAUAUAAGAGCUUAAAAUGAUUUUGUAAAGAUUUUGGGAUUUUACCUAGGAAUUUUGAAGUGACAUAUUUUUUUGUCAUUUAUCUGCUUUAAUGGACUGUAAUGAUAUAACAAUGUUUAUUCAGAUCAUAGUAUCUUGUAACAUGAAAUUUUGAAUACAGAGAUAAAAGAAAAUUGGCUUUGAAAAUAUUUAAAAACACCUCAUUCCUUAUAAAUCUCCUCUGGUCCUUUUUUUUUUUUUUUAUGUAUUGUGGUGUUCCAGAAUUUUUUUAAUCAUCUGCAUAAUGAAAUUUUCAUUUUCAGAUGUACUUGUUUUAUUUUAUAUUAAUACUUUAUUUUGGUAAUCCCACCUUGUUACUAUAUUUUACAUGUUUUGUUUUUAGAGCUUGUGAUAUUAUCCCAUUUAAAGUUUCAAGUUCAAUAAUGCUGUUAAUAGUUUUUAAUGUUGCUGCUAAGAAACAAAAAUAUCACUUUAAUGUGAUUGUGUUAUUACAAAAGAAUUUUGAUAUGUGAUUUUGAUGUACUUACAAACUGGUACUUUAUUUUUUGCCACCAUGUUCUUAAAAUUCAUGCUGAACUAUAGUAAAAUGUAUUGAAUAUGCCAUAAUCUUCCUUGGAAUCUUGCAAAUAUGCUUUUUAAAUAGUUUCUGAAUUUAUCCAUUAAAUAAUGCAGUAUUAUUUAUAGUAUGAAUGACAAUUUGGUACACAGCUUGGUUCAUUUUUUUAUUAGGAGUUAUUUUUCUUUCUGUAUAUUUUUUAACCAAGAUUGAUUUUGUGUUUUGUUUUAUGUGUUUCACAUUUUUUACUGUACAGAAUUUGCAUAAAUGAUGAAAUUUAUGUAAAAUGUUUUUCUAUAUGUAACAUAACUGUUCUUUUAUAACCAUUUAUAAUAUAAAGGAUUUUUGUGGUGAAAUAAAUAUGUAUUACCAAAAUGUAUUACCAAAACCAUACCUAACAAAUCUUUUUUAAAAAGUGUGUUAAUAAUCUAGUCGUAGUCCCCCCUUUUUAUUGAAAAGUUCUAUUUAUAUAUAUAUAUAUAUAUAUAUACAUAUUAUUCCUUCUUUAAAAGUACCUGCUGUAGUAUUCUAAAACUUUAAAUGUGUAACUUUUUUUUUUUUUUUUUUUAAAGAAUCUUUAUAGUUCUUUAAAUUUUAUAACUUACAGUUUAUAACAUGAUCUUAGAAAAAGUUGUAAUUGCUGAUCAAUAUAUAUGAGAGAUUAGAAAUUAUUCUGUGUUUUGGCAGCGCCAUUUAAAAUUUUUUAUAGUAUUUCUCCAAUGAAAAUAUCAUAAAAAUUGAGCAUUUCAGUUGUCCUUAUAAAAUAUAAGGAUUAAUAUUUUAAUAUAUAUAAUAAAUUUUUAAUAUCAAUAUAUUAAAAAAGUUUCUAUUUAUAUAGGCCAUUGUUACAUCUUCCUGUUUUUUAUGUAUAGACUGAAAAAUAAAAGUUUUCCUUUUCUUAUAUUAAAAGUAUAUUAAUUUUAUAUUUUCCUUAUAUACCAUAGCCUAUUUUAUAAUUUUAGUGUUUUCAAGCAAUCUACAGAAUUCUGCAUUUUAAUUUAGAACUUAAUUUUAACACUGUUUUCAGAAAUUAAGAAUUAUAUAUUUUUAUAGCUCUGGUGAGAGCAGUGAUACGCUACAUGCAGUUCAAUCCAGCUAAUGAUUUCUUAAAUGGAAAAUUAGCUAAAAAUUAUUCCUUAUUAGAUUAAAAAAAUUAUACAUUUUACUUUCUUUUUUAUGUCGUUCAACUCCAUUUUUAUACAUUGAAUUCAUGUAUUGUCAUACAUAAUGCAAACAUACUUUUUAAAUUGCACUGUGAAAAUUCUUUUGUUGCUUCAAAUUAUACUUUGUUCUAUUUUAGAAAUUUCUGUAUCAAGUUUUGAGGAAUUCAAGAGAAGAACAAUUUUAAUAAUAGGUUGCGUAAAAAUUGAAUUAAAGUUAUCAGUUUACUGGUAAUGAGGUGCAUCUUUUACAGAUUCCUGUAGUUAAUGCAGCUAUUUGAAUAAAUAACAGAAAUAUUUAUAACAAACAUUUAAAGGAAUUAUUAUUUCAGGAUUUGGAACAAACGACUGCUUUGGUCAGAAUGUGCAGCAGAAGUAUUUAAAAAAAUUUUAAUGGAAUUAUUAAUGAAAUAAUUGCAUCUAUUUAUUCACCAUAUGCUAUUGUAAACAGAUAACUUAUUUACCAUUGUUGUCUUCUUUUUCUUUCUUUUUUACCCUAGAGGCUUUCAUGAUGUAAUUGGACACAAUUAAAAGCAUUUAAUAUUCUCUUUUAGAAAUAUUUUUCUUGAAAAUGAUCAUCUGAAUGAGAUGUUAUCAUAUCAAAAUAAAUCAUUUUAUUUCCAUAUUUCUAGAUUUUUUUUUUAAAAAAAGAUAAGAAGUUCAUCAUGGUUAAUGUUCCGUAGCUUAUGAUUUAGAAUAGUUUUGCUGUUUCUACUUUAUUUAAGAAAGAACUUGCUGCAUCUACAUUUUCUCAAUCCAUGUUUGCAUCUUAGAAAAUGUCUGUUUAUAUCUUGAAUAUAAACUGGAAAUUAGAUGUCUAUUUUCACCAUUUUAGAAGCCUGUUAGUUAGUACUGCUACCUUAAUCUACUUUAUCUUCUUAAUAUUAUGAAUAUGUUUAGAGAUUAUGAAUAAGAAAUUUAUUUAAUAUAUGUAAAUAAAAAUAGGUUUAACACUCUUUUGGUCAUUACUGAAAUUUAUUUUCAAAAAGUUGAAUUUAUAGAAUAUACAAAUAUCCUAGAAUCAUUGUAAAUGCAUCUAGUUUCUCUUACUAAAUAAACCCUCAGUUUGUUCUGUGAGUUUACAUAGUAAAAUCAGUAGAAUUCAUUAAUCAAUACAUUAGAUAUAUGUAAAGAAAUGCUUGCUUUCAAAAUUCAAGCAUAUAUUAAUCUUUCUUCAAUUCUGGCCUUAAUUUGCCAAUAUUUAAUUUGUAUCAUCAAAUUAAGAAAUUUAUAGUUAUUUUCAUGUUAUUCAUGUAUUUGUUAUUAAUUAAUGAAUAGUAUUAUGUAGCCAUUAGUAGUAUUAUAAUACUAAUACUGUUAUUUACUGAUUUACUGAUGUUAUGAAUUAUUGUAAUACUAGUAUUAAAAACUUCUUUGUAUUCAUUGCUAUUAUACUAAUGUUAUGCUGUUUAUUUAAAAUAUUUCUUCUGAGACUCCUGAUGCUGCCCUCCCUCCCAAAAACAUGAUUAAAAUAUAUAUGAGAAUAAUUUGAACUGGACCAGAUGCUUUUAUUUCAGCACUUAAAACUCUUUUCAUUUUGUGCAAAAUUAUCUGACUGUUAAGAUCAAUUAGUUUAAAAAAUUUUUUCACAUUUUCCUUUACCUUCAUUUUCAUGGCAUAUCAAGGUUUAUUUAGAUGGUCAGUUCUUGUAUUAUAUCCCAACUGGUGAUUGCUUCUUCAUAACUGUUUGUUGGCUUGUUAACAUUGAUGUACAGCUGUGAAAAUGUGUGACAACAAAUCAAACAUAUGUAUUUGUACAAAAGUAGUGUUUUAAUUUCAGGCAUUAUACUAAUGAAAUAGUUAACAUUUAUAUUAAAAAAUCUUUGUCAUGAAUUUUAAUUGUCUUUACAUUUUCUGAUGAAAAGGUAUAUAUAUUUAUUGUAUAUUAUUGGUUGUUUAUCCUGAGAAACUAAGCAAGUGCAUUGAUUUCUAAGAAAUUUUGGAUUCUGAAAAUUUUAAAUUAUCAAAAUAAUAUUUGAAAUUCUUUUGAUUUCUGUUAUUUAAUCUUAAGAAUUUUACCAUGUAUGUCUUCUUCUUCUUCUCUCUCUCUUUUUUUUUUUUUUUUUUUUUUUUUUUUUUUUUUUUUUUAGAUUAAGUUUUGAAAACUCUGAAUAAUCUAUCAUAACUUCUGACCAAAAAUAUUGCACAUAAGUAACAGGGCUAAAGGGCUAGUUCAUCAGCUUCUCGCGGCUGAAACCGAAAGAAGAGACUGAUGACGUAGUUGGGUUCGCUUGGUCAGUUCUGCUGUUCAGUUUCUUAAGCAUUUGCUUGAGAAUCAAAACGCUUUGAAAAAUAGUUUAAUAACCAGUAUGAGCCGAGAUUUUAGCUCAUGAAAUUGCAAUAUACAUGCAUUUAUAUAUGAACUAGAAAUG